UGUGGACGAGUGUGGAGAACGUGCGUGUACAUGACAUGUGUCUGGAGGUAUGGAGCUCUGCGAGGACUCUCCAUAAACAGUGAUCGGACCUUCCAGACGUGAAUGUGGCGCUGUGUGUGUGUUAGGUGUGAUGCAGCGGCUGUGGGCUCCAGUGACGCUUCGGCGUGUGCUCCUGCUGCGUUCGGUGUACCUGCGUCACACCUGGGCAGUGCAGGAGCCUCCUUUAACCGUCCUGAGCCCUCGCUACUUCAGCUGCACUAAUGCCAUCAGGGCAAAAGAAGCCCGCAAAACGUCCACAGAGGAACAAGAGGAAGUGCCAUUAAACCCUCCACAGAGUCUAGCAGGAACCGAGGGCCUCUAUAAGGCUGAUUCGGAGCCUGUCCCACACAAUAAGGGAGAUAUCGACCCUCUGCAGGACAAGUCGAUCGGGAUCUUCCAGAGAUUUAAAAAGACGUUUAAACAGUAUGGUAAAGUCAUGGUGCCUGUGCACGUCGUCACAUCCACAGUGUGGUUUGGGGGUUUCUAUUAUGCUGCAAUGAAGGGGGUGAAUCUGGUGCCCUUUCUGGAGUUCAUUGGUUUACCGGAUUGGAUAGUAGGGAUUUUGCGAGAUUCCCAGGGUGGCUAUGCACUUACAGCUUAUGCCAUGUAUAAGCUCGCUACUCCUGCCCGCUACACCGUCACAAUGGGCGGCACCUCUCUGUCCGUACAAUACCUCCGCAAACAUGGAUACUUGUCUACUCCUCCACCUGUUAAAGAAUUCCUGCAGGACAAAAUGGAGGAGACCAGAGAACUACUGACUGAAAAGAUGGAGGAGACCAAGGAGAGGUUUUCAGAGAAGAUGGAGGAAACCAAAGAACUUCUCUCAGAACGGAUGGAGGAGACAAAAGAGCGCUUCUCUGAAACAAAAGACAAGUUCUCCGAGAAACUGCAGGAGACAAAAGACAAAAUGUCUUUCCGUAAGAAAGCAGACUAGGCUGCUUAGAAAAGAAUUAUUUGUUAAAGUCAUAAGCGUAAUAUGGAAUAUGUCUGGUGUUGGUUUAGAGCAGGGUUGUCCGAACUUGGUCCUGGAGGGCCGGUGUCCUGGAGAGUUUAGCUCUAACUCUAAUCAAACACACCUUAACCAGCUAAUCAAGCUCAUACUAGAUAUACUAGAAACUUCAUGGCAGGUGUGUUGAAGCUAAAAUCAGCAGGACACCGGCCCCUCAGGACCGAGUUUGGACACCCCUGACUUAGAGUUUACCCCCAAAUUAAAAACUGCCAUUUAUUUACUCAACCUCAGGCCAUCCGAGAUAAGAUGUAGGUGCCUUUUUUUCUUGAUUAAAAUAUUGAUGGGACAUUUUAGUAAAAAAACAAACAAACUAUGGUCCAGUUAUUGAUAAAUUGGAAGUCUGUGGCUACCAGCACUUAAUGUUAUUUCAAUUCUCCGUGUGUCUGUACAUGUCAGAAUUGACAGUAACGUUGACUGACUUUAUAGACAAUAUUAUAAACCAUGACUCCUGCUGGUACAUUGAGGUGUUAUGAAAUGAAACCAUUGGUCUUUGCAAGAACCUUUAAGUUCACAAGCACGUGACAUUGUGAACGGUCUUGAGGGUGAGCAAAUUAACAUUAACUUUUUAAAAAAUUGCCUUUGUUCUGCAAAAGAUAUUUAACAAAGCUCAUUCUAACCAUACAAUGAACAUCAGUUGGGUCCAAAUUAGUUUGGACCCCAUUGACUUUAAGUGGAUUUACUUGAACAGUUUAAAAAAACAAAAACUUGUUCUCACAGGUUUAAAAUGACGACAGAAAUAUAAUUCUCUAAAUUCUCUGGAUGUAUCAUGUCGAAAGGUUUCCAUGCACUUGAAUCUGUAAUUCUGGUGUUUUGGAAAGAAAAACUUGAACUAGCAAUAACACAAGAAGAUAUUGUGUUACUUUAUGGAAUUAAGCCAAAAUCAUUGUGUUGGUGUGAAUGUAUAAUAGUUCAGCUGUUUUAAGGUAAUUAUUAAAAGUAUUUCCACUUGAUAACCAAGUGUUAAGGAUCUACUGUAUUUGAUAUUUAACGAUUAUCUUUAUGUAUGUUUGUAUUUGAGUUCUUGUGCAAAUGGAGUGUUGAUGGAGGAGCUAAACUUUUUUAAGUCAGUGGGUAAUAAAAACAACUGAUAACCCAUUCUAGUAAAUAUUCUACACUCAAAUCACCCCAGUGUUCAUUAAGUGAAUAAUAACUGCUGAUCUGACAACAUUUAAUAAAGAUAAAUAAACCAUGGGAAA